AAAAAAAAUACUAUCUAUGGGUUUUUCCCAGCUGUUGUUGCAGCCAUGGCUCUGCACUACCCCAUGGCCAUGGGUCUCAACAAGGGCCACAAGGUGACCAAGAACGUGAGCAAACCAAGGCACAGCCGCCGUCACAGGCGCCUAACCAAACACACAAAGUUCGUGCGGGACAUGAUCCGAGAAGUGUGUGGCUUUGCCCCGUAUGAGUGGCAUGCCAUGGAGCUGCUCGAGGUCUCCAAGGACAAACAGGUCUCCAAGGACAAACAGUUCAUUAAGAAAAGAGUGGGGACACACAUCCGUGCUAAAAGGAAGCGGGAGGAGCUGAGCAACGUCCUGGCCGCCAUGAGAAAAGCAGCUGCCAAGAAGGACUGAAACCCCCUUCCCUCUGUGCACAAUAAAACCUUUAUAGAUAAAAAGAAAAAACUAUCUAUGCCAAUAUUAUUCUGAAAACUAUGCUUUAAUUAUUAAUAUGAUAAAAGCAUACUUAAACUAUUUUUUUUAAUUUUUAAUUAAAUACUUUUUUAAUUUGGAGUUUGGUUAUUAUAUGUGCUAGUUUAAGCUGUACAGAUCCAGUGUAUCUGGUUGAGCGCAUGCACUUUUCACCUGCUUUAUCUCUGGCCUAGUUUAGGGAGCUUUAGUGAGAAAUGGAGACGGAGAACCUUUUGUGAGAUUUGUUUUCAGACUGUACAUUACAAUGGGAGUAAAAUGCUAUU